GCGCCUUCAGUAGCGUCACUUUUCAAAAAGCUACAUCGAAACAUCGCGCUAAUAUUAUUUUUUCCAAAAUUUUGAAUGAAAACCGUACGCGUUUUUCGUGAAAUCUUUCGAAAAUGAGAAAUUGUGAUAUUCAGUAGAUAAGUGCCAUGUCUAUAUUUUCAAAAAAUUCAAACGAAGAUGAUGGUACAAAUUUGGAUAUAAGCAAUUCAGAUCAAUCAAAUAAUAUGAUUUCAACCGAAUAUUUAUCUAGUAUUACGACGAUUUUACAAAAUCAUGCGGAAGAUAAUGAAAUUCAUAAAAAUUCUUUACUAGAAAUUAAAUCUAAUGAAGCUAUAAUCAUUUUUAAUUCUUCUGUUAAUAUUACGGAGUCAGUUUUUAAUCCUGACAUGUUUUAUAGGCAUUCAAUGGCUAUGACUACUAUGUAUUGUGUGGCAUAUCUUCUAGUGUUCGCCUUAGGGAUAGUAGGCAAUUUUUUUGUGAUAGCUGUUGUUUUUCGGUCACCUCGUAUGAGAACUGUUACGAAUUUUUUUAUUGUCAAUUUGGCUGUUGCUGAUAUAUUGGUGAUUGUAUUUUGUUUGCCAGCUACUUUGAUGUCAAAUAUUUUUGUUCCUUGGAUAUUGGGAUGGUGGAUGUGCAAGACUGUUCCAUACAUACAGGGUGUGUCAGUUGCUGCGUCAGUGUAUAGUCUAGUAGCAGUAUCUUUAGACAGGUAA